AUGGCCUCGACAUAUUCUACGCCGCGGUGGCGGACGGCGCUCCUAGGCGGCUUCCUGACGACGUUACCGUGGCUUUCCAGCGGCAUGGCGGGAAAGACGCAGGCUGACUACUUCAUCAAAAGCCUUCCCGGCGCGCCCGAGCCCUUGUUGAAGAUGCAUGCAGGACACAUUGAAGUCGACGCAGAGCAUAACGGCAACCUCUUCUUCUGGCACUACGAGAAUCGUCACAUUGCCGACCGCCAGCGGACCGUGCUUUGGCUGAAUGGCGGGCCGGGCUGCUCGUCCAUGGACGGCGCGUUGAUGGAGGUUGGGCCGUACAGGGUGCAGGCGGAUGGAAAUCUACAUUACAACAACGGCUCGUGGGAUGAGUUUGCGAAUUUACUAUUCGUCGACCAGCCAGUGGGAACAGGCUUCAGCUAUGUCAACACCGACAGCUAUCUCACCGAGCUCGACCAAAUGGCCAACCACAUGGUCAUCUUCCUGGAAAAGUGGUUUGGUCUGUUCCCAGAGUACGAACACGACGAUUUGUAUAUUGCGGGUGAAUCGUACGCUGGACAACACAUUCCAUAUAUUGCCCGCGCAAUCGUAAAGCGGAACAAGGAGCAAGGCAAGACCCCAUGGGCACUCAAGGGCUUGCUCAUUGGAAAUGGCUGGAUCUCGCCCGUCGACCAAUACCUUUCUUACAUCCCUUAUGCCUACCAAAAUGGCCUCAUGAAGGCAGACUCGGACAUGGCGAAACGCGUUGAAAACCAACAGAGAAUCUGCAUCAAAAAGCUCGAAGACGGUGGCAUGGACGCGGUCGACACCAAUGACUGCGAACAAAUCAUGGUCAACAUUCUCGAGGAGACCAAGGACAGAAAAGCCGACCGCAUGAACCAGUGCGUGAACAUGUACGACAUUCGCCUGCGAGACGACGCGUCCUGCGGAAUGAACUGGCCCCCGGAUCUUGCGUCGGUCACCCCCUAUCUACGCCGUCCGGAUGUCAUUCAAGCACUUCACAUCAACCCAGAUAAGAAGACAGGCUGGCAGGAGUGCAAUGGAGCUGUCUCUGGACACUUCCGCGCGAAAAAGAGUGAACCCUCUGUCAGAUUUCUGCCUGAGCUCAUCCCAGAAGUCCCCACUCUGCUCUUCUCCGGGGACAAGGAUUUCAUCUGCAAUCACAUUGGCACAGAAGAAAUGAUCAAGAACAUGCAGUGGAGCGGUGGAAAGGGCUUCGAAGUCACCCCGGGUGUCUGGGCGCCCAAGCAAGAUUGGACGUUUGAGGGAGAAGCGGCAGGAUCAUGGCAGGAGGCGCGGAACCUCACGUAUGUGGUCUUCUACAACUCCAGCCACAUGGUUCCAUUCGAUUAUCCAAGACGUACACGCGACAUGCUGGAUCGCUUCAUGGGCGUUGAUAUCGAGCAGAUUGGCGGCGUUCCCUCUGACAGCCGCAUCGAUGGCGAGAAGGGCCCCCUGACCAGCGUGGGCGACCACCCAAAUUCUACAAGGGCCGAGGAGGACAAGGCUACCGAUGUCAAGCAAGCCGAAUGGAAGGCCUACUACCGCUCCGGCCAGGUCGCUCUCGUCGUUGUCGUCAUCGUCGCCGCCCUGUGGGGUAUCUUCCUCUGGCGCAGUCGUCGUCGCCACACCAAGACGGCCUACCAAGGUGACGACGGCGACGAGGGCCGCGAAUCCCUCCUCACCGGCAUGGGUCUCGACAACUUCCGGCGCAAAGAGCGCAGGUCCGACUUAGAAGCCGCCGACUUUGACGAGCGCGAGCUCGACGAUUUAGACGGCGCGUCCAAGAAGCCGGGAAACGGCUACGCGAGCCUGGGCUCCGAGAAGGAGAGACAGUCGCACAACGACUCGACGUUUUCGCUUGGCGGCGACAGCGAUGAUGAGGCAGGGUCGAGUGAUGGGCCGAAGAGGAAGGGGGGCUCGUCGUGA